CUCCCAACACCUAGCCCUCAGCCAAGGAAUGCAGACCUGGUUACUCAUUGACCGACAGUACCUCUAUUCACACCUCGUCAUUCAAACUAAGUCAAUGCAUACACAACAGAGCAACCAAUCAACAUACAGUAAAACAUGUCAUCACACACAUGUAUGCGCAGAAGCACACACACACAUACACCAUAAACACAUGUGACUAUAUGGAUCCAUGACCAAAGGGCUGACAGUGCGGAUCUGGUCAAUUCUAGUGAUGGCGGAGCGAUUCUAGUGAUGGUGGAGGGUAGGACACACACGCACGUACGCACACACAGCACCCCCAUAGACAGUCUACCCAGUGUCCAUACAAACACUUCCCCUGAGGGCUUCUGUGUCACAAAACAUGAUGUUAAAUUGUGUUGUAUAUUCUGAUACCACUGAGGGAGAAGCUUGUUGAACCUGCUCAAUGGUUUUUUUUUUUUUGUUUUUUUUUUAAAUAACACAAUACCCUAAUGUGGUCGAGUAUUUCUGGCUAUCGCGGUCCAGCCUCCUAACAUCAGGGAUCAUCUUACAUUUUAUUAUGAAAACACAUGUGACCAGUGACACACAUGUUGAAAACGAGAUUAAAGCAGAAUCGUCUCUGGAGAUAGUAUUUAGGAUAGGUCAGUAGUGGUGACCAAAGAAGUUAAUUUAGGUAUCCUAUGCCUCUUGCAUGCACACUGUUGUGCAUGAUUUGACAAACUGUCCAACAGUGAUUCUCAACCUUUUUUGAAGGAACGCAUCCUGUAAGUUAUCUCUUAGGAAGACACAGGUGAUCAGAUGCAGAGGUAAGCCUAUGGUCCCCAACCUGCUGAUGUGCCUACCGCACUACUUGCACGGUUGGGCGGGUUAAUGUAAGGUUGAAAUAGAUGCAAGUUAUUCUUCUUCCGGUGAGUCAUUUCCUCUGUCGAGCAUGACCUGAAAUGGGCAUUAAGCUUAGCACUCUCACUGGAGUGCGGAGUAGAGUAGAGUGUCCUCCAAAAUAUUAUGGCAAGUUCAUAAUCUUCUGAUCAUAAAGCUUUGGAAAUGGCUUUAGAUGAUGAGUGCAUCAUGUUUUAUAUCAUCACAUGACUGCCUCUGCCAACAGUCCAUUAGGGCAUAUUAAAGGAUGCUUCAGGAGGGUGCCAAGCCCAUUGCCCACAUCUCCUGAACACCUCAAAGCACUUGGCACGGCAGGCACCAUUUGGGAUCAUGUGAAUCAACAGAAGUGAUUGACACACAGGUAGUAGUCUUGGAUUCACUUUCAUACCACCACCACAUCAGGAGAGCAGCUGGUUAACCCUUUACAGGACAAGUGACUAUGUUUGAUCACUUCCGAAUACUUGCAUGCACACAUAUCACAAAUGUCCCUGCUAUGCCUCUCUACAAGGAUGCACAACCAAGUGGGUUAUAUCAAAUGAAUCAGGAGAAAUCAGGCUUUCACACAGAUACACAUGACAUCAUGACAUUUGAACUAUCAGCAGUGGCCUAGAGCCUGUCAAACCUUUUUUUUCACUUGGGGGCUGAGAUGUGUGUGUGCGCUAUAAAGGGUUAAAGGAACAGACCACCCUUUUUUGAUUUUCACAUAAUUGCAGUAUCUCCAAGCAUUAUUCAUGAACGUGCAUAUAAUUUUCGUCUAUGUGUUUGCAUUGCCCCGUUUGACAGUAUACCCAAAUUAGGCAUAGUAAUGCAAGUCUAUGGUACAAAAUAAAACACCAUCAAAUGUACUUCUAAACCACUUUAAAAUGAAUGUAACAUUCACCAGAGUGUAAAACAACAAUUUAAUUCGGUCCAGUGAUCACUUGUGGCUUGAUGCUAAAGAUACCAGUUACUUUCAGUGAUUAUGCUAAGCUAUGCUAAUAAUUCUGAUCCAAUAAAUCUAAGUACUGAAAACACAGAGAAGAAAAUGAUAUGCACAUUCAUGAACAAUGCUGGGAAAUACUGCAAAUAUGUGAAAAUCAAAAAAGGGUGGUCUGUUCCUUUAAUGUAGGGCUUCGUCUCAAUCAACUAGCCAUCUUUUCACUUACAUUCCUAGUAAUUCAGAGCCAGAGUAUGUGUUUUAUAAACAACAGGCUACACCUGGACAAAAAUGUAGCCAUCACAUACAUGAGCCAAUAAAACUGUUAUAAUGAUGUCAUAACAGUCACAUUGCUCAAUGUUGACAUGGAUAGUGAGAUAAAACCCACAGCCACACACUUUAUACUUAAACCAUGAAACCAAUGAGCAGCACAAUGCAGCAGUCAGGAUUUGACACCAUGGGAUUCUUGUGACAGUAAUUUUCCCGUGAUGUUGGGAUAAAAGCCUACACAUCGGGAGGAUACUGAGCAAGUCAGUGGUUCUGUAUUAGCAGGCCUACUGACUAUGGUCUGAAAAAGUCCCUGACACCACUGUAGACUACCCUUUCACCAGCAUAGACUGCCUGAUGGGCGGAGAAUAGCCUCUUUUAGGGGAAAUGAAAAGACAUUUCAAGGAAGGCCAGUACAGAGAGACACCAUAUGUGUGUUUGGGGGAAAGAGAGAAGAAAGGAAGUAAGACGACGAUGGAUGCAGAUGAAACGCAGUGCCCUGUGUGUUUUGAACAACUGCAAAAUCCAACACGCCUCAGCGCAUGUAAUCAUGAGUUCUGCAACAGGUGUAUAUCUCAGGCUGUUAGCUUGAGGAAGCACUGCCCGCUCUGUAGAACUCCAGUAAAUGAUGACCUUACAGCAGCACCUGACCAAACACGCCCUUUCAGGGUUAGACGUUUUCUUCACAGACGUAAUAUGACACCAGUCAUGCGUCCAUUGGAUCUUCCAACUCCUGCUGCCAUACAGAACCCUUUUCUAGACCACACCGGAUAUGCUGCCAACCCCAGCUAUGCACUGCCACCCAACCCCUUCAGGAGGACCUCUGCUCUGGGACUGGCAUUGGCACCACCAUUGAUCCCUGCCCCUGUCCCUGCCCCUGUCCCUGCCCCUACCCCUGCACCUGUCCCUGCCCCUACAUUUACCCCUGCCCCUGCUCCCAUGCACUUGCAACCCCUAGUCUUCCCGCCAUGGCCUUUCCUUUCCCAAAGCGACGUUGCCGGUGCUGGUGGGCCAGCCCACCUCAGGCCGCCAUUCCUGGCUCAUGCUGCUCCUCAGAUGCUCGUGCCCAUUCCUCCUCCUCCUCCUGGCCUCUCCAUCUUCAGAGAUGACAAUGAAUGGAUGGACAAUCUACUUGUUGAACAAGCUCAGACAGAGCAGAGAGGCCCUGCACCUAACACCAGUGCACGGGUCUUUGAGUGUCCUUUCUGCCACCAUGGAGGACUGGAUGAACUGGCUCUGAGGGAUCACUGCAACAGCCUACACAGAGGCGACCCCACCCCUGUGGUGUGUCCAGUGUGUGCGUCACUGCCACAUGGAGAUGGGAACUACCGUAGCCGUAACUUCAUUGGGCACCUGAACAUGCGCCACAGUUACUACAUCCAGAAUGUCACGGAUAUCCAUCAGAGUGAUGACUUGAAUAUGCAACAGGCUCUACUGGAUUCUUUCAAAUCACCUGAACCUGAAAAUCAAUAACCAAUUGUGCAAUAAACAAUCUGUCACCAUGUUCAAUUAUCAUCAUGACAAAACUUAUGAAACAUGAAAUAUUAUUAAAACUUAAAUACUUUUUCCAUUGAAAUCAACACACAACAAGAUCAGUUGGUAAACAUGUAUCCAGGAUCCGUAGCAUUCUCAGUCUUUUACUUAUAGUAUGCACUAGCUCACUUCCUUGCUUUUUAUGUGCAAUAUCGUGUAGCUGUAUAUGUUUGU